AUGCCUUCACAGACUGACUCAAAACCCAUACCAACAGCCACAACCACCACCAUCUUAACCCCCAUGCACAAAGAUUCCUCGGAGUUAUUAUCCAAGGAGAUUCGUUCUCAACAGGUUGCCGUCGACGGUGAGGAUGUCGUCGUAGACAAUGUAAACGGUAUCGUUAACGAUGAUUCGGAUGUGAUCACAAACACAAUGGCUUCUGGAUCUUCGUCACCGUUCAUUCAUGACGGUGGCGUUACCACCGCUGCACCGUCAAACCCCUCGACGCUCGAUUCCAAUAGCCUUGGUCUCGCGCAAAGCAAUGACCCUUCGGGUGCACAGAAAUCCACCCAGAAGUCGACCAAACACCAAUCGGUGUCAAGGCCUCCCCGAAGGACGAGGAAUUCGGCAAAAGUUGUUAACAUUGCAACAACCGGUCAAAAUGACAAGGAUACUGCGACCACCCCUGGUUCUCUCUCCGCCAAC